GAUUCGAUUCAAUUCAAUUCAAUUCAAGGAAACAUUCCACACUAUUAUUAGUCAUCAAAGUGAAUAGCAUACAGGUGUGCAGGCAUAAUUGAAAGCGUAACUGGACCAUGAUCGUUUUUGCAGGCCGUUGUGUCCUACCGUCAAGUAAAUAAAUUAACUGUAAUAAUUAAAAUUGAAUUAGCCAUACUGGAACGCCCUCCCUACGAAGUAUUGCGUUUUACGUUGUGAUCGCAAAGGCGAGAAGUGACCAAAGUACAGGGUCUUUGUCCAGAAUGAUCUGACCUCAAGAAGAUAAUUGCGAGGGACCGAAAUACCUAACUUGGGCUGAGAACUGACAGUCUCCCGCCGCCAAAAUAAACAGAAAAAGCACAGCAAAUCACAGCCAUGUGGGUACUUCGGGAAUUCAAACGAUAUCAUCAGGUAUCUUGGCUUGAUUGCUUCAAAUCUCUACUGAUAUCGGAGUCAGCUCUGUCAUACAUAUUACUAUUUUCAAGGUUCGUCUCAAGCCCGAAUCUCGAUCCCAGCGACUUCGUGAACCAGCGAGAUGUUCCUGAAUCGGAGCUCUUCACAGUUCGACUUGGGCGAAAUUACAUGUCUUCGUUUCGCUGUUUUUAGAAACACAAAACAGUUCGUGUGUUGUGGUGAAAUUGUACAGUAAAUAAAGGAUUAAAACCUUAGCCGGAGCGUGGCUGGUAUUUAUCGCUUCCACAUUUCUUUGUUUUAUAUUGUCCCAGCCACGUGGUAGCCAUGCCCCAGGUCAUCUAUCACUCGAUCCUAGUAUCCUAGCUCUAUGUAUGGACCAUGCAUGUACAAGACCAAAAUGGAACUGUCAAAUGGCAUUGACGGGGCCUUUGUUGGAGAUUUUUGCCACUAGCGGCAAUAUCACAAUUCUGGAAGCGCCGUACGGUGGAUUGAUUGUUGCGUGAAACCUACUGGCCGAGCUGUUCGUUCCGUGUAAUUGUGACGAUGCGCAACCGACGCGAUAGUAUCCGAUGUGUCAUGCCAUUGUGUCUACUCGUUUUUCUCCUAGAAUCUACCUCCACCGUUGCCCAAGAGGCCGAUACUGUUCGUCUAGUGGACGGAAAUUCAUCAUCCGAAGGCCGCGUGGAAGUCUUUCAUGACGGGGAGUGGGGCACAAUAUGCAGCGACCACUGGGGCCCUGCAGACGCCAAGGUCCUCUGUCGUCAACUCGGCUACGGGUUCGUGCAUUCAGACCUGGCCCAUUUUGGUGAGGGGCACGGGCCGAUACUUCUUGACGAUGUGCGGUGCUCUCAGUAUGAUGGAAUGAUUGAAUACUGCGAUCAUAAGGGCUGGGGCAACCAUAACUGCAACCACACCCAAGACGUCGGCGUGGUGUGCUCAGAACACUUCAUUUAUAAUGGCAACACCGUGAUAACAGAUGAACUGAGGUUUGAGCUGAAGUUGAUCGACUCCCGCUUCGAGGCCUCUGGCUUUUUGGUGGCGCGCUAUAGUCCGGCCAAAGAGUGGGGCGCCAUCUGCGGCGACCACUGGGACUACCGAGACGCGCAAGUGACCUGUCGUCAUCUUGGAUACGGAGCAAACAUCGACACGAAGGGCAGCCGUUUGAUCCAUGAGAGCGCCAUACCCGAGACCACGAUGUUCUCGGCGGUCGGUUGUCAGGGAGACGAAACUGAGCUGUGGCAGUGCGAGCUGGUAUCCGGCGCGGGGGUUACCUGCGAGACGCUUCCUUACAUUGAAUGCCAAACUGAAACUGCAGUGUUUGAGGAUCCCAUCAAUCUGUGUGGCGAGAUAAACUACUGUGGUUUUGACUGCUACCAAGGCCCGCGUGACACACUGAGACACGAUCUAGACGCUAGAGAGAUGUGCAAAUGCGACGACGCAUGCGUAUACUUCGAAGACUGUUGCUAUGACUACCGAACCAACUGCGACCCACAGCCUGAUUCGGGUAGAGACGUGAUGAAUGGAGUGGACCUGCGGUACUACGCAUGCGUGAGCACGCUGGGAAUGGAUCUCGUAGAAAGAUACGACCACUACUUCGGUGUCGCACUUGUGAGUUUCUGCCCCCAGCAAUGGACUGGCCCGGACUUUUUGAAGCUCGAGUGCGAGCAGAUGCCCUCCCCCUUAGACGUCAUUGCCUCCCUCCCAGUCUUCGACAAUGAGGGCGCCGUUUACAAGAACAUCUUCUGCGCCCUUUGUCAUGGCGUCGAUGCGAAUGAGAUACACAAGUGGACCGCAAGACUCGAAUACUACACGAUGCCAGGCUCGACUUAUACCGAUCCGCGAUUAAAUGUGACAAUUAUCGACGGCAGAUCAACAGGGAGGUACGUCGUUGAACCACCUGAGGAUGGCUCAGGUGGUAUCUCCCGCACAUGUCCGCUCUCUACAAUAGGUUCCUGUCUCCAAGAGUUCAGUAACUCGUCCCAGGAGGCAGCCUGCAAGGAAUACUUUGCUCCGACACGGGUGAACUACGUCCGCUACAAGAAUCCGCACUGCGCAAUGUGCAACGGUGAGAUUGUGUACCCCAUUGAUACCUGUGUAUCACUCUGUCCGCUGCCCGAAUGCAGCCAUUUCGAGAAGUGGGAGCCAUGCUUGCAGGAUAUAUGCUUUGGGGGACCCGGAAACAUUUUAACGGUGGAGGCGAUGUUCGAUUUUGGCUGGAGUGGCGGCGAGAACUCCGCCUGCCGCAGUGGGGAGUUGUACGAUCCUUUUCUGGACAGAUGUCGUGUUGUGACCUGUGCUGCGGGCUUUGUGCUAGCAGACGAUGGCCAAUGCUUACCUCUGCUAGAAACAUUCUUUCCGAUACCGCCACUUCCCCAAAUACCCGAGACACUUAAUGAAGAAUGUCAUUCAAUCAUCAAUGAUACUUUAAGCAGUAGCUCUGAAGUCGUACACUGGCGGUUGGUUCUACUUAACGGUACCCAAUCAAGCGACCUUUCCGAAGAAAACUACUCACUUUCUAUCCUUGGUAGGAGCUUUGAAACUCUCAUAAAAGACAUCGGUGAUUUUCUGAACACCUUCAAGAACCACACGAGUGAACAAAGUAACUGCAACCUCCACCUAGUAACUGUGUACACUGCACAAGGUGCGGGGUUGUUGUCAUCAAUUGACGUCUGCGCUAACUCUACCAUGAAAUCGCGGGAAGUCUUCGAUCCCUCAGUUGAAAACGAAACAGUCUAUGACGUGGAAAUCAUUCGAUCAUUUCGCUGGACUCAACAAAAUUCCACCUUCUCUAGAGAGGGAUUACUGCCAACUGAGUGCACUGAUAUCAAUCUGCUGAACUGCUCUGAGAUGGUUGAACGAUUAACCGCUGAUGAGUAUGUGUCCCAACCUGCAUCGCAGUCGAUACGUCAUCUUCCAACUGGGCUUGAAUUAGGUCCGGGUGAAUUUGUCACUUUAUCUGACCGUACAGCGAUUAUCUGUAGCCCUGUGGACUGGUCGGACCCCAGCAAGUACGCCUUGGGCUUUCUCUCCUUAAUCCUCUACUGCUUGUCACUGUUGGCCCUGCUUGCUACUUUCGUGACCUACUGCGUAUUCCUGACGCUGAGAAACAUGGCGGGAUUCCAGACUAUGAACCUCCUGGUGGCGCUCUUUGUUGCUAUCCUCUUGAUCGUUCUGGCCGGCAACCUGAGUGUGAGCGGGAAAUACUGCCAGGCAAUGGCGUCGGUGACACAUCUCUCGUGGUUAGCAGCGUUCUUCUGGAUGGCGACGCUGUCUGUCAAUGCCGCAAAGACUUUUGGGAGUAGGAACAUCCUCCCCAGGGGUUCACAACCAAGCUCUCGUCAAUUGCUGACUACAAUGAUGUUCAUCUGGGGGACAGCUUUGCUGAUAGUCGUUGUCGGCCUCGUUCUCAACUUUUGUGACUGUACCAGCCUUCCUGCCGUAUACAGCGAGUCGCCGCCAUGUUGGAUCCCCAAUGUUAACAUACUACUCGUUGGCUUUGUUGCACCAGUGGCCGUUUCUCUGCUUAUUAGUGUCAGCUCCUUUAUUUUCGUCAUCGUGAGGGUUCGGAAGAUGAAGGGAGAGAGCAAGAUGGUGCAGAAGAAAGGAAAUCUGGAGGAAGUACUUGGGGAGUUGAAGAUCUAUGUCAAGCUGGCCCUACUGUUUGGUGUGUGUUGGCUGCUUGCGUUUGUGUCGGUGGCCGUGAACCACGUGAUCUUGUCCUACAUCAACGUCAUCGUCAACUCGCUGCAGGGGGUCUUCAUCUUCAUGGCGUUCUGCCUCAACCGACGCGUGAGGGCUCUGUGGAGGGGUAGACUACUUGGUCGUGACGCGACGCGUUUUGAAGCCGGCAGGACAAAAGUGGGCACGAAAGCAUCGAACAGUAAGGAAAAGCACGCAGUUACAGCAACUCGUACCACCACUGUAUCAAGUAAGGGACCCAAAACCAAGGAUAUCAAAGAGGAAACUUAUUUGUAGUGUAACAAUUCAAUGAAAGAGUGAGGAAAAUAUCUAGAGGAGCAUUGAAAAUCUAUCCAAUCAGAACGUGAAUUCAUCAGCCCUUCCCAGUGUCCUGUUUGCAGGGUGGGGGGUACGAGCGCUGUGGUCCAAUGGUUACGGUGUUCGGCUCACUUGCCGCGGUACGUGGGUUCGAACCCGAACGGGGAACAUUGUGCUUGCGUUCUUGGGCAAGACACUUUACUACAAUUACCUCUCUCCACCCAGGAGUAUAAAUGGGUACCUGUGAAGGUAGAGACCAGAUUGCGCUGAUCUUGAGCUGCUGCAGAAACUGGUCUCAAGGUAUAAAGCGCUAUAUAAGCACUAAAGAUGUAUUAUUUAUAUAUUAUUAUUGACCGACUCCAUUCUAUGCUACAAUGUAGGUUGUCCAGCGGCGUAGCUAGGGUCAAACCUAGUGUGGGAGGGGGAUGCACAACAUUAUAAAUGAAACAAAUCGUGUGAACAGUGCAGUAAAUUGUUCUUGAAUUCAGGCUUUCCAAUGGAGGGCACCUGUGGGCCACACAUCCCCUGGAGGCAUUCAGUCCCCCUCAUUGUAAUAUUAAUGAUCGUCAACUUAGUUGUCGUUAACAUCGGGGAAAACCUAAAGUGUACACAACCUUAAUAUACCUCACGGCAUACCAAAUGUUAAAGGGAAUGUACACCAUUUGCUUUUGCUGCAAUUUUCAGAAAUAAAUGGAUUU